AAACGAUCUUUGCUGGUGUCGGAAUCAUCUUCCCGCUUUUCCUGGUUGUUUCGUCUUUUUAACGCUUGUCGCGUGUUUUUGUUUUUAUCACGUCAUGAGACGAACGAGGACUUUGAGAAAUAAAAACCAGAGCGCGACAGAAAAUGAAGCCGCGUCAAAAACAGUGUGGCAGUGGCAGGGCGAUGAUGGACAGUGGGAACCGUACUCACCUUCAGACUGCACCUUGUUGGACUCCGCCGUCUCCUCGGGAGAAGCUUCGGUCACGCUGACUCUGGGCUCUGGGAUGUCCUACAAAGUGGACCUGAAGAAGAUGGUCCAGAUUAAUCCUGCCACCAAGUACAAGAGGAAGAUUCGCUGUCAAACUGUGAAACCAGAGAGUUCAAAUGAAACCAGUACCCUGACGGGUUAUAAUGGGGAACUGGCACAAGUUGAAGAGGAAGAUCCUAAAGAGCAACCUGCUCCGAAGAGGAGGAGAGGACAAAGCAAGACUCAAACAAAAACAACAGAAACACCCAAAGAAGAAACUAAAUCUGAAGAAGUUGUGAAGAAUGUGCUGAUGAAGGGCAAAGCUCCAGUGGACACUGAAUGUAAAGCCAAACUCGGAAAGGCUCACGUUUACAGUGAAGGAAGUGACGUUUUUGACGUAAUGCUAAACCAGACAAAUCUUCAGUUUAACAACAACAAAUACUACCUGAUCCAGCUGCUGGAGGACGACGUGUCCAAGGCCUACAGUGUGUGGAUGAGAUGGGGCAGAGUGGGGAAAGUGGGUCAGAACAGUCUGGUAGCCUGCGGCAGCGACCUGCUGGAAGCCAAAGAAAUCUUCAAGAAAAAAUUCUUUGACAAGACAAAGAACGUGUGGGAGCACCGGGGGACUUUUGAUAAAGUUCCUGGAAAAUAUGACAUGGUGUCUAUGGACUACAGUGCUAAAGAAAAGGAGGAGAAACAGACCACGGUGGACAGCGUGCCGACUAAUAAGACCUGCAAACUGGAUGUGAAGGUCCAGUCACUCCUGGAGCUCAUCUGUGACCUCAAAGCCAUGGAGGAGUACAUGCUGGAGAUGAAAUUUGACACCCGUAAAGCUCCUCUCGGAAAACUGACCUCGGAGCAGAUCCGCGCAGGCUACAUGGCACUGAAGAAAAUAGAGUCGUGUUUGAAGAAGAAGAAGGGCAGCAACCGUGAGCUGGUGGAGGCUUGCAACCAGUUCUACACCCGCAUCCCACAUGACUUUGGUUUGAAAACUCCACCAAUCAUCCGCACAGAAGAAGAGCUGAAGGAGAAAAUUUCACUAUUGGAGGCACUGAGUGACAUCCAGAUAGCGGUGAAAAUGGUGCAGUCCAGUGAAGACAGCGAUGAACAUCCAUCAGACAAACAGUACCGCUCCCUCCACUGCAAGCUGCAGCCUCUGGACCCAACCAGCCACGAGUACAAGGUGAUAGAAAAAUAUCUGCAGUCCACUCACGCCUCCACUCACCAUGACUACACCAUGACUGUGAGCGACAUCUUCUCUGUGGACAGAGACGGCGAGAGCGACAAGUUCCUCUCACAGCUGCACAACAGGACUUUACUGUGGCAUGGUUCCCGUAUGUCUAACUGGGUUGGCAUCCUCAGCAAGGGGCUCCGGGUGGCCCCGCCUGAAGCGCCCUCUACUGGCUACAUGUUUGGUAAAGGUAUCUACUUUGCUGAUAUGUCAUCAAAGAGUGCAAACUACUGUUUUGCCAAUCAGCACAAUAAUGUUGGACUGCUGCUGCUGAGCGAGGUCGCUCUGGGAGACUGUAACGAGCUGCUGGACGCCGAUUAUGAAGCCAACAAUCUACCUGCCGGAAAACACAGCACCAAGGGCCUGGGACAGACCGGACCUGAUCCCAAAAACACCGUCACCCUGGAUGGAGCCAUGGUCCCGAUAGGGCCGGGCAAGAAGACCGGGGUCGGUAAAAACCGCUCUUACUCACUCCUCUAUAACGAGUUUAUCGUUUACGACCCCAGCCAGGUCCGCAUGAGGUACCUGCUUCGGAUCCAGUUUAACUACUCGACACUGUGGUGAGGCCGACGACGGGAAGCCGGAGUUCUGUUUUUAGUGCCGGAGCAGGUUUGGUGGGUUCCUUCUCCACGCGGCGGUGAGAAUUCAGGCUUCAGACCUCAGAUACAUGUUUGUAAGUCCUGGAGAUCUCCAGAUUCCCACAUGGUCCGAGACGUACAUUUGCGUUCUCUAUUUUAGAAAACAUCUAUGAGGCAAAAAAAUGUUCUUGGAUUCAUUAUUGUGCUGUUCUGUCUUCCGCUACAGUCUGACAGUUAUUGUUGAAGUUAUUAACUGAUUUCUGAAUGUAGGCCUCAAUUAAACUGCUGCUGGUUGACAGCAAUGCUUUACUAACCAUAAACAGUCUGGUUUAUUUGGUAAGAUUGGAUUAGACAGAACAUUUUGAACAGUUUGUUUUUAUCUGUGCUGCACUUGUUUACAUUAUUACGUGUUGUGUUCUGUUUUUUUAUUCCAAUGUUUGUUCUGUUUCGGAUGUUUUGGACCUGGUGCUUCUGUAACACCAGUGAACUUAAGAACUGCUCCGCUGGUGACUGACAGGAAAACACUCAGAUAUCAAGAUUUUCCUCAUUUAUUUCGCUGCAAAAAAAAAGGGGUUUUGAGCUGUUGCAUCUUAUUAAAUAUUUGAAGAUGG